GCCAUUGACACUGUGAUGCGCCGUGGUGAGUCAGUGACAUUGAUGGUUGAUGGUUGAUGGUCGAUAUGACUCUGCCAGAGACGCGCAACAUUGCACUGUCACCGCGAUGGAGUACGAGACUCGGCUUGUUGUGGGUGUUCACACUCUCCGUCUGAAGAUUGAAGGCAAGACAUCGAAUGCGCUUAAGGUGCCAGCCGUCGUGCAACUUUUGCGAGGCCUGAUGGACAAGGGGUUGAAAAUCCGGUGCGUUGUCUCAGAUGAUUGUGCCGCGCUGGGACCAAAGUUGCGAGCUAUGAACAUCGAGUGGCAGAAAGGUUGCCACCACAAAAAAAAAAACAUUUGCAAGCACUUCCACAGUAUGCUGCAACUAAAAGAAGGGAAGAAAGUGAGCAGCCCGCACGACUGUAUGUUAGAGGCGCAGUUUAUGCAGUUCACGAAGAAGCGGCUAAAGGAGGCGUUGGAGCAGCGUUUCAGACCUGAAGUCCUCACACCUGCUGAGGAGCGGAUGAAAAAAUCGGAUUUCGUCGCUGUCGUCAUGCGAAAGAUGUACCCCUACGGAUCGAGGUUGAAUGCUCGAGCGUUGGAGACUGAUCCACACGGCUUGACAGAGUAUCAUGCGCAUGAGGUUGGGAUGUGGUUCCUCCGCGCUUGCCAGCUGUUCAGGGAGGAGGUCGGAGACGCCGACAGUCUACACCGCGACAUCAUGUUGGUCGUCGAUCAUUGGGCUAGUGAUCAUUCGGGAUGUGUCGAUGGUAGGGAGGUUCUGUGCGAGAAGGCCGGUGGGCGUGCCCGAUUGCCUUUGUAUAGCCGCACGGACACGGUCUACGAGCUCAUUGUGCGCGUUCUCGAUAAACAAUGCAGGACUAACAUCACGCCGUACUACGUCGAGUUUUGGCACACAUCGGCGGUGAAAACUUUUCAGGGCACCAUCAUUAUCUAUGCGAAGAAGUCGGUCCAUUUCGAGAAGUCUUUCUGUACACGUUUGUCGAUCGCAGUGAUUCGGUGGAACAGUCACUGCUAGCGCGACCCGGUCGGGUAUGUUGCUCGCAUUGCUGCGGGCACUUUCAUACGUGCGAGACCAGGCUUCCGUCGACACUACGGUCAC